UUCCAAAUUUUCACAUCGUGGCGCGCUGUGGUUGAUUGCUUUGGCAUAAUAAACAUCGGUACUCCCUAUGAUCCAAGAGGCGACUGAUCUGAUUCGGGACGCCCCACCUCUCUCUCUCUCUCUCUCUCUCGCUCUCUCUCUGGUUUUGAUUCCCGAUUCAGGUGAAUCUAAUUAUCAUCUGGAACCCUAGAUGUUUAUUUCUGUCCCCUGAUUUUGUUUUAUGAAAGCCUACUGCUUUCAUAGUAGUCUCUGAAGCUCAGAAUUGAGUUUUAGGGCUCAAUUUGGGUGAAUCCACUUUGUAUCGAAGUGGGUUUUCAAUUAUGGAAGGUAACAAGGACGAAGCUUUAAGAUGUGUGGGUAUUGCCAAGGAGGCGAUCGCAUCGGGUAACAAGCAGCGUGCACUAAAAUUCAUUGGAAUUGCACGACGGCUUAACCAUAAUUUGUCUGUUGAUGAUCUUUUGGCCGCUUGCGAAAAUUUAGAUUCGGGGUCUCCUGGUCCUUCUAACGAUGAAAAACCUGUUGAUAGUAGUAAGAAUGAGGCGGCUUCGGGUAAAUUUGCUGAGGUUUCGAACGGGGAGCAUAAUUAUACUGAAGAGCAUGUGCAGUUGAUUAGGGAAGUCAGGAGAAGUAAGGAUUACUAUGAAAUUCUUGGUUUGCAAAAAGGUUGCCCGGUGGAGGAGAUUAGGAAGGCGUAUAGGAAAUUGUCAUUGAAAGUUCAUCCUGACAAGAACAAGGCUCCGGGUGCUGAGGAGGCAUUUAAGAAAGUUAGCAAGGCAUUCAAGUGCUUGAGCAAUGAUGAUUCGAGAAGGCAGUAUGAUCAGACGGGAUUGGUUGAAGAAUUUGAGUACAACCAGCAGUACAAUGGCAGGCAGCGGAGAAGGAGAACUGGGCAUGAGUUUUUUGAUGAUGAUGUCGAUCCUGACCAGAUAUUCAGGGCGUUCUUUGGCCAGACCGAGAUGUUUCGGGCAUCUCAUGUUUACAGGACUAGGGAAACAGCCAAUCAACCGAGGGAAGAGUUUGGUGGCGCAGGGCCUAAUGUGAUGCUUCUUCUUCAAAUAUUACCAUUUUUGAUAAUAUUUUUGCUUGCUUAUCUGCCCUUCUCGGAGCCUGAAUAUUCUUUGCAGAAGAACUAUUCCUAUCAGUUUCCCAAGGUUACUGAGAAACAUGGAGUGGAGUUUUAUGUUAAAUCACCAGAAUUUGAUAAGAAAUUUCCACUUGAAACUCCUGCUCGAGCUAAUAUUGAGAAUAAUGUGAUAAAGGAUUACAAAAAUAUGCUUGGUCGUUACUGUCACAUAGAACUGCAGAGGCGUCAAUGGAGCAGGAACUUACCAACUCCCCAUUGUGACAAGCUACAAAACUUUGGUAUCGCAUGAAGAUUGGUCGUGGUUCAAGCUUUGUGGACUCAAUGGCUAAAGAAGAACAUGAUGAUGAUGUACCUGGACUUGAAACAACCCACAUAGGCAGGGCAGAUAGUAGGGUUCAAUUGCGCAGAUGUGACCCUAGCCUUCUGAUUCUGGAGCAACCAUCUAUCUACCCAGGUGAUCCAGGAUUGUGUUAAGGACGGUUUUUUGGGCACCCAAAUCCCACUACAUCUUUUGGUUUAUGACGAUACUGUAUCAUGCAAAUUGUCUUCAGAGUAUCUGAUGGCUAGUAAGUUGACAAUAGAGCGAAACCUGAUUGAAAGUGAAGCUAUUAAAUUUACAGUAACAUGCAUCUACAUUUUUUUAUGUUUUGUUGUUCAUCAAGCUUUGAUAUUGUCUUGAUUAUGUGCUUGCUUAGUCUGUUGGUUAGUAAUUGUCUCAUCAUUUGGUUGCCUCGCAGCGUAUAUGCUGUCACACUGUUGUUCAGGCCUAUAUUGUCACUGUUGGUCAUGCCUAUGUCAGUAAAAUGAUGUGAAUUGUGGUUUCUAAUGAAUUUUGUUUCUAUCUCA